AUGUCUUCGCAUCAUCAUCCUAACACAUCUUCAAGCUCCUCUGAUCCCCCUGAAUGGUCGGAGUCACCAGAACCAUCAAGGCCCAGCAAACGCAAGCACAGGCAGUCCUCCAGUGACACCAGCACCAACGACCUCAUAAAUUCCAUAUCGUCAGGCUCUCGGAAGCACACAACAAGGAAACAUGAAGAUUCGAAAACAGAUGACACAGAGCUAUACCGAAACGCAGGAAGGAAGGCUUCGAGCCUUCUGGAUACGUUCGGCAUACCUUCUGCAGCCUUCAAGACCGGUCUUCAAUUUGACCGAGGUGGUAAGCACGACCCAAAACAACCUGAAGAUGUCACCAAUCGGCAUUUGUUACUGUACAAUGGCGUCAUCGACUAUGUUCCUGGUCUCGAGAGCGAGCUCGACCACAUAUCAAGCAAAAAACUCAAUGUGAUCAUUGCAAUGGUAUCAAAGGGUAUGAGUGAUGGCAGAUCCGCAGAUCUGAGCUCUGUCAAGCACAAGGGCCUGCAAUACAUUGGGCUAAAUAUGUAUAGUAAGGCCGAUGCUCUUGACCCACCAGUUCCAGAAAUCAAGGAUAAGUCGAUGCGUGGGCUCAAUCACCCGCAGUUGGCCCACGCUAUGGCUGCCUUGCAAGCUGGCAAAAUCAUCAUGACAGCACACAACUGGCCAACAUUCUUUUAUGAACAUGACAUUUACGAUGCUGCUGAGAAGACACAUGGCCUGUUUCAAAACCAUAUUGUUCUGAGGUUUUAUAAACAUCUUUUUAUUGGACCAUCAUCCAUCAUGAACGACUCAUCAAAUGUUCGCAACUCUGCAAAGCCAUCCAAAAAUCGUGCAUGGGGACUGAUGGCUGUUAACAAAUACACCAUCGCAUAUGUUUAUAUUAUCACAUACUUUACAAUCAGCAGCACGCAGCACUGGACACGGUGUAUCGGCGACAUGGACUUGGAUGAGCUCCUCUGGGCCAUCAUUGAAAUGCUAGACGACGAUGAUGAUCCAUGGGUCAAAGACACCCUUGCAUGGUGGAACAGGCACCUCAAACCAACCAAGGACAACUUGCACUCGGCCAAACUUAUGCGAAAGGAAAGCGAGGACGACAUUGCGCAGAUUCGUGCUCAACGAGCUGCAUGCCGUUCUGCUUUAGCUAAGUCAAAUGCACCGUCAUGUCCAGGCCACCCUAACAAGCUUCAAGAGCCCUCGACAAGUGGCAAGCGCAUCUGCCCUGUGGAGCACCGCCCUGAAGAGGAUAUCCCACACGCGCCCAAACGAAUUCGGCAAGCAAACGAGGACCUCAGCUCACCGCGUCCUCAAAAGGGCAAUACUCGGCGCCAUGCUUCAGCUUACGACAACGACGAUGACAAUGACGAAGAGGUUGCAGCGACACUGCCAAAACAAGCCCACCCUCAACUGGAUGGGCAACAGCAGCCACUGCCUAACCAGUCCCUGCCUCAGCACUGUCAUGGUGUAAUCUUUUCAGACGACGAAGAAGACGAACUAGUACCAGCUCGAAAACCAACUUACCGCUCAGAAUUCGAUGCUCAGGAACAGCUCGGGUCUGACCCCCAUGUCCCCAGGCCAUUGCCACCAAAGUUCAAGCCUUGGUACUCCAUUGAGGUUGCUGACCACAAUACAGCUCCUGCCUCAAUGCGAGCAGGCCAUAGCCCUGCAGAUUCUGUUAGAGAGGAUCAACGACUUCGGCAACACUGUCCUGCAAGUGCCUCUAUUCACCACAAUGACGAGGACCAGCCUCCGCGUAUCAAGCCAAAACCCAAGCCAAAACCUCAUCAUACUGCUCGCAAUGAGCGUGAGUAUUCAGUAGGUGAGCUCAUGACUGAGCAGCAGUGGGGUAUGAUUGGGGAGUCCCAGCCAGUAACUGCACCAUCACCUCCACGCCCCUCAUCCCCACUGUCAGAUCUGACUGACAACAACAACUUCACUCCACCACCCCUCGCUCAGCCCUCAAAGCAAAAAGGAAGGAGGAAAACUACUACGGCUCCGGACGCCCCACAUCGAACUUCCGGUCGACGCAAGAAUGGUUACUAG